GGGGCCUCCACGUGAUCGCCUCAAGUACCUGUAUGUCUGCCUAUUGACUGCAUUGUCCCCGGCAGCCCGCCGCCGCCGCCGCCUCAUCGCCACAAAGCAGCGAGGGGGAGAGCGGGGCGCGCGCGCCGCAGAGGGCCGAGGAGGCGGAGGCGGCCGUUGCGGCGACUGACUGACGACUCUCUCGCGCCUCAGCCUAUCCCCUUCCCCACCGCCUCGCCAGCGCAUCCUUUCUGCCUGCCUCCCUUCGCUCCGUGUCAGCCAAAAUGGCUGAUGCUGGGCAGUGAGCGGCCGCCCGGCGACUGCAACAACCCCGAUCCGCGGCGGCGGCGGGUGGGGGCGGCCGAGCCGAGCGCGGCGCCGCCACCAUGAGCGCCUUCGCCCUGGAGGAGACGUUGGAGGCGGACUGGGUGGCGGUGAGGCCUCACGCCUUCCACGAGCGGGAGAAGCACAAGUUCGCCUUCAUCGCGGCCUGGAACGAGAUCGAGGGCAAGUUCGCCAUCACCUGCCACAACCGGACGGCCCAGAGGCAGCGCAGCGGCUCCCGGGAGCUCCGCCGCAGCGGCGGCCCCGGCAGCAGCAGCAGCCCCGGCAGCAGCGGAGCCGAGCAGCGGACCUCCAAGGCCGGUGGCGGCGGGAGCCCCACGGUGCGCAGGAGCCCGGCCUGGAGCGCCGAGCAAGGCCAAGCCAGGAGCUCGCCGGUCUCCCCGGUCCAGUCGGACUCGUCGCUCCGGAGCCCCGGCGGGCGGGCGGCUGAGGUGCCGCAGAGGAGCCCGGCCCGGGCGAGGAGCAGCCCGGGCCGGAAGCCUCAGCCUGCCCCAGAGGCGCCGCUCAGCCCCGCGGCCUGCGCGGCCCAGGAGAUGGAGGUGCUGGAGCUGGGCAAGGACGAGCCCGCGGGAGGCGCCGCCGCCGCCGCUCUGCUGCCGCCCUCCCCGCCCGCCGGACCUCUGGUCGCCGACUCGCCGGCAGAGCCUGAGGCGCCGUCGGGGGAGGAGUGCAGCUGGGCCGGGCUCUUCUCCUUCCAGGACCUGCGGGCCGUGCACCAGCAGCUGUGCUCGGUGACCUCGGAGCUGGAGCCCUGCUUGCCCCCGUCUUUGAAGAGGCCCCACUCAGGCAUGUGGACGAAGGUACUCUUCAGACCGCCAGAGCUGUCCGAGCGGGAGAUGGCCGGUUGCGCUGUGCCCUAUGGCUGCGCCGUUUACCUGGGCCACUGCCUGGAUACCUGCGGGUGGAAGAUCCUCUCCCAGGUGCUCUUCACCGAGACCGACGACCCGGAGGAAUAUUACGAAAGCCUGAGUGAACUGCGGCAGAAGGGCUACGAGGAGGUGCUGCAGCGGGCCCGCAAGCGCAUUCAGGAGCUCCUGGAAAAACAUAAGAAUACAGAAAGCAUGGUAGAGCUGCUUGAGUUGUAUCAAAUGGAAGAUGAAGCAUAUGGUAGCCUUGCUGAAGCCACCACAGAACUCUAUCAGUAUUUACUGCAGCCAUUCCGAGAUAUGAGGGAACUUGCAAUGCUCAGGCGACAGCAAAUAAAGAUUUCCAUAGAAAAUGAUUACUUAGGUCCAAGAAGAAUUGAGAGUCUACAAAAAGAAGAUGCAGAUUGGCAGCGGAAGGCCCACAUGGCUGUACUUUCUAUUCAAGACCUUACUGUGAAGUACUUUGAAAUAACAGCUAAAGCACAGAAAGCUGUAUAUGACCGAAUGCGAGCAGACCAGAAAAAGUUUGGCAAGGCUGCAUGGGCAGCAGCAGUGGAACGGAUGGAGAAACUUCAAUAUGCCGUUUCUAAGGAGACUCUGCAGCUGAUGAGAGCGAAAGAAAUCAGUCUGGAACAAAAGAAACAUGCACUGAAAGAAGAGAUGCAGAGUUUACAAGGUGGCACAGAAGCCAUUGUACAUUUGGACCAACUAGAAGCUGACUAUUAUGACCUGCAACUUCAGUUAUAUGAAGUGCAGUUUGAAAUCUUGAAGUGUGAAGAACUGCUGCUGACUGCUCAACUUGAAAGCAUCAAAAGACUUAUUUCAGAGAAAAGAGAUGAAGUAGUAUAUUACGAUACAUAUGAGAGUAUGGAGGCCAUGCUUGAAAAGGAGAAUAUGGCAACAUCUAUACACUUGCAAAGAGAAGAAUUACAGAAAUUGCAGCAGAAAGUCCGACAGCUAGAAGCAAGACGUGGGCGAAUUUCAGCCAAGAAAGCCUACCUCAGAAACAAAAAGGAGAUUUGCAUUGUAAAACAUAAUGAAAAAUUCCUGAAGCACCUUCAAAGUGAAGAGGAGUCAAGUGCGCAUCCUGGGAAGUUUAAGAGAGAGCGAUUGCAAGAUGAGGAAGAGAGGAAAAGCUCAUGGGUUAGUCAAGAGCGACAGAAAACACUGGAUAGACUUCGAACAUUUAAGCAGCGUUAUCCUGGUCAAGUAAUACUCAAAUCAACCAGACUCCGAUUGGCCCACUCAAGAAAAAAAAGUACAGCUAGUUUAAUACCAUCUGCUGAUCAUCCCCUGUCUUUACCAGUAACCACCCAGACUGAUGAGAGACCCCAAGAAGUGAGACCAGAAAAAGUAGUCCAACCUUUACAAAUCCAUGAGCCUAAGAAUUUAGGAGAAAUUCAGAAUACUUCUUUACCUCCCUGUGGCGUUACUUCUGACUUUGUUCAAACUACGUCUCUUCCGGCUGAACUUCACCCAGGUGUAGGUAGUGAGGCACCACUUCCUCCUCCGUUGCCGCCGCCGCCCCCACCACCUUUGCCCACCAAGGAACAGUCUACUCAAUGCUCUGAAAAAAGUACUAGCCCCAUUAAACAAGACAGCACAGAAAAGCCAAGUCUACUGAGCACCAUUGCACCAUCGGCUCAUUUCUUUGAUAGCAGUCAGUUAGUCAGUGCCAAGAAGAAGCUAAAGAAGACUGGCGAUUUAGAAGGAUUUCAGAGAAGAAGAGUGAGUUCGCCGAUGGAUGAGGUGUUGGCUUCUUUGAAGCGUGGAAGCUUUCACCUGAGGAAGGUUGAGCAGAGAAACCUUCCUCCUUUCCCAGAUGAAGAUGACAGCAAUAACAUCCUAGCACAGAUACGAAAAGGAGUGAAACUGAAGAAGGUUCAAAAGGACCUGAUGCGAGAGUCUUUCACAAUUCUGCCUGAUGAUGAUCCUUUGACGCGCAGCAUCCAUGAAGCGCUCCGGCGAAUCAAGGAGGCAUCACCAGAGUCUGAAGAUGAGGAGGAAAAUCUUCCUUGCACGGACUGGGAAAAUUAAGGUGCUAAGGAUUCCACAAGAUACCGUUUUCCUUUCACUUUUGAACAUUCAGAAUCAACAGUUUGAUCACCAACUUCAGUCUGGGAAAAGGCUUACGUGGACAGACUAUUUGAUAUGUAUAUAAGAGCCUCAGUACAUUUUUUUAUUCAUGGUAGAAGAUUGUGGUUGGACCAAACACUACCUUAUUUAGAUGUGCAUUUUGUGUAACACUGAGGAGAGUGAUCCCUUCAAGAUAUUUUCUAGUUCUUCACUCACUUUUUACAUUUGUGUGAUACACAGUUAAGUAGCAGCUAUUGCACAAAGUUUCUUCCUAAGUUUGGUUGCAAGGACAGGUAUGAAAACCAGCCCUUUGGUUCACUGAAGAUUCAGCUGUUUAAGAAACAAAUCACUACAUUCACGUCAGCUUCUUGCACAACAGCACAAUUACCUAAAGUUUAUCACUGUAUUCUUCAUGCAGGAGGUGGAUUUCAGAGAUAUUAUUCAUUUGUUAAUUAUUCCAAAUACAAAGCGUAAGGUAGUUGAAAAUGGCAGCAGUUGGCUAUGCAGAGUAAUGGAGAGAAUCACCAAGAGCGAAAGGCAUGUAUUUAAGAAUGUAUUUGUUUACAGCCUAGUACAUUGAAAAAUGGUAUAUAUUAGAACCCUUUAGGAGGACCUGUAUACUGUAUACAUCUUAUAUUUUUAAAUUAGAUUUUUUUUCCUUGCUCUUAUGAAUAGCAAUGUUUAACUUCAGGGCUGAGUUAUUAUAAAGUUACAUAAAGUUUUAUUUAUAGAAGCAAUAUUUUGUAAUGACAAUAAUUAUAAUUAUUUUUGUCUAUUAGUUUGCCUGUUUUUGGUUAAUAAGAAACCUUUAUUUAAAGAGAAUGCAAAACUGAAAUAAGAUUUUACUCUUAUGGAAUGUGAGGUUUUUUUUCCAGUUUUGUUAUUCUCUUUUAAUUGUUGGACAGAUCUCAAUUAUAUAACAAUCUGUUUAUUUGAAAAAUGCUCUUUUCUUUUAACCCUGGUUGUGUAAUGGUCUAAAGGGGGCACAGCCUUCAGUACAAUAUCUAAAGCAACCUAAUCCCAAACAGCGUGACUCAUAGCUGCAGGCAGCUAGUUUAAUACUAACAGAGCACUAAACAGUAUUUCUGCACCAGGGCUAAUCUUGCCUGUUUUAAAAUUCUGUGUUGGAUGGGACCCUCCACUAGGAGAAUCUUGAGUUUAUCCUGCUUUUAAUUUUUUUUUAAAAAAAGUUUGGUGUUUACUGAGCUUGAGAAACUAUGAUCCCUUGUCUUAGAAAAAACAUUAUUUACGAUAAUCAUUCGGUAUCCUGCUACAAGCAGAUUGCAUAAGUUUUUGUGUUGGAAAGAAUGCAUAUAACAACCCCUCUUACUUGUAUAUGAAGAGGUUAAAUAUUUUGCCCUUUUCCCUUUCAAAAAUAGUUGGGGAGCCAGUAACCAGUGACAAUAUGGUAUGUAACUGAGUGCACUCAGCUCAUGGAAACGUUAGGGUCUUCAGUAGUGACUCCUUGAUCAGUGAAGAUCUCAAUAUCAAGUAUUUUAGUGGAGCCCCUGCCAUUCUGUACUUAGCAGGGCUACUUUUGAAGCUUGCCUUAUAUAGUUCAAAAUGCUGCCCGUUUCAGAAGGCAUACUUGAGAGUUGCAUGAAUUCAGUUAAUUUGGGAGCACUGUCUGUUGAGACAAAUUUCUAUUAUGCAUUUGACAUUAAUUUGCAAGAAACAGCCCAUCUUUCCUCCCAAAUUAUUGCAUCUUAACCAAAACUGCAUUUUACACUGCAUAAUUGAAUACGUAGUUAAAAUCCCAGAUAAUGCAGGGUUUAAUGGCAAUAAUUCAGUAGCUGAAAAAGAUAUCUGUAAACCUUUAGCAUAGUUAGUAAGCUUUUUCUGUUGAUCACACACUCUCCAAAUUUGCACUGUAUACCAAAUUUGAAUUUUGAGCACAAAACAUAAACUUCUAAAGUUAAAAUGAUGUGGAUCAUGUAACGCUUCACACUGUCAGUUGCAACAGGAGCCUCAAGCAACACAUUUCCCUGGGGGAUUCACAUAAGAUAGUAAUAAAAGUUCUGAGUGAUGAAAUUAUUAUUUGUUGAAAGCUUGGAAUAACGUUCCUUGUCUUUAUCUGAAUUAUGUGAGCAAUUUAUGAAACUCUCAAUAUGAUUGUAUAGUGUUUUGGGCUUUUGAGAUUUUUGCCUUGAAAACUGUUUUAAAGAAUAACUGUGCUCCACCAUUUUGUUAAUUAUUGCAAAGGUCUUAAAUUGGCUUGAAUCUAUAAAGUGUCUUAUUCAUUAGGACAUUUUUAUAUGGGCUGUCAGCUGUACAAAGAUUGAUCCAAAGGUCUCCUUUACACAAAAAGCAGAGAACAAUCUUCUUCUAAGUAAUCACUAAACAGCAUUCCAUCUGAUUUAAAAAACAUCCUGGCGCACCCAGCCCUAAAUAAAUUCUUACAAUAAUUUUCCCAAGGUUUUUUUUUUUUUGUUGGCUAAUGGCAAUUCCUGAUUUUGUAACUUGAAUCCCUUAUACUUGAAAGUUCAUAGAAGGCUGGGAUAAUGCUGUUCCCAAGUUUGGUGCAAUUCUCCUGAUGUAUUUAGAAAAUACAUAGGCACUUAAAAUAUCUCAGUGAAUGCUAUUUAAAGGUGCAUUCAGACCCAAUUCUGUGCAACUGAAAAGUGUUCAAAAAUAUUCAAAAGUGCUUAACAUUGCUUGUCAGUGUUCAUAUAGUUUCUUGUCCAUAAUACAUUCUACUUGUCAAGAAGCAAUGUGAGUAUAUUUCAGACAUAGUUGGAGGUUCCUAAAAAUUGUGGUGGAAUUUCUCAAGAACAAUAAAGCUUGGCUGUUGUGGUAAAUGGUGUGACUUCAGAGAUUUUGCAGCAGGGCUCCGAGGAGUGGAGAAAUUUUAUUUGUGCUACAGAAAUAGAAUGGAAACAGCAGCGUGUGUUUUAGAGGUUCAUGAGCCUUUUAGGUGCAUUGUUUACUUGUAUGUAUUUAAUAUUCUUCAGCUUCUUCCAACCAUUAGCUUAUAAAGCUUUUUCAAAACAGAACAGUAAAAUUGUAAAACUAAUACCACAAAAAGCAAAACAACAGUACUAAAUUAUGUCUUGCAGGGAUAUAGGGGGAGAAUCUACUUCACCAUGGGGGGGGGGGUGAGCAUUAUUUUAUAUAUUGGUGCAUUACUGCAAUGCCAUCUGUGAUAAGAGGAAACUAAUUAUCAACAUAUGUUUAUUUGCACUGACUUUAAAAAGUGUACCUGUAAAUUAAAGUUAUUUGGAUUUAUGAGCAUAUUUUAUUUUCACUAUAAUGAUUUUGUAAUUAGGUUACCUGUGUUACUGUAAUGAUCUCCUAAGCAUGAAGCAAGAUAUGUUUAAAGUCGGUAAAUCAUUAACAAACAAAUAAGCUUAUUGCAAAGAGAUGGAAGCACCUUACUGAGAGUUUGUGGGGUUUUUAAAUGCUACUAGAGUCAAAAGGCAGUAGCUUUCUAUCAAUUUUGGCCUCAGUCCAGCAGUAACAGUCUGCAUGUUGAAAUGAGGUCCUUUGUUUCAACCAAUCAUCCAUUAGGCUUGGAAAUGUCCCCAAGUCCAUUGUGGUCCCCCAGUAGUAGCUGCUUUACUGGUACUGCUUCUGUGAGCACUGAGAUAUGCCUUAGGCAGGCUUAGUGCCCAGUGGUAUGGGACCAGACACACAACCUUUUGCUAUACUCCAUUCCCUAUACUGAGGCAUUUGUUAAGUGUUCUUUAGUAGAGAAAAUCACAUUGUUAUGUUACUAUGUAAUGGUUUGUAAAAUACAGCAAUGGCUGGGUUUGUUUUCCCUGUAUCUAUAAUUUUGAAGCGUCCAAUAAAACAAAUUUAAAUUAAUUGCUGCAUGAACUUGAAUGAAAUUAAAACAUAAUUUUAGCAGGGGUAGGGAUUCCAUCAGUAUAUUUUCUAAUGUAAUGCACAGCCAUAUGAGUUCAAGGCUGUUAAUCCAACUUCAAAAGAAUUCCAAGUUGGCAUUUAAAUUUUUUUAUUGAUAUUCAUGCCUUUUAAACUUGCAGACUUUCAUUCUUUGUCAUGCAUUCCUUAGGGUGGAUAUUUACACUGCCUGAAAAUAAAAACAACUGUUCUUAGUAUUUAGGCAAAAGCAUUUUCACUGGGAGCAGCAGUUAUGAAACAUGUAACAUUCCUGUUCUGUUCAACUAAGAAUUGUGUUUAGUAGAUAGUAUAACUUAUGUUGUCUUCUACAGCCCAUGCAAGUUGAUAACAAAUGUGCUAUUGAUUUUUAUCAUUUUGAUUUGGGGCCUUCAUAUUUUGGACAAUCUCUUCUCUUGGAAAAGCUUAUUCAUUCUUUCUCAUUUGAAGUUAGAAACAAGGAUUUUUUUCACCCAAUUAUCAUUCCUUGCCUUCUCGUUUUUUUUAAGUGUCACUAUAUGUAUGUGUACUUUACACUAUGAACCUUGAUUCAAAUGUGCUGGACUAUUCACCUUCAUAAUGCAGGUGCAUCUUUCAGUGCUCUCCCCAUAGAACUCCAUUAGGAUGGAAAGGUAACAAAUAAGGGAGAUGGUGAAUCUAAAGUUCUAGCUAAAGCUAGCUUUUUAUAUGUGGGGGAAGAUGAUUUUGAAAUGUUAACAUUCACAACAUGCUAUCCGCUUUGUAUUUAGCAGUGACUCUCACAUGGUAUUUCUACACAUGCGAAGUGAUUUUAGACUCACACAUUCCUGUAGCUGCAGCCUGUUGGAUGUUCAUUUCUUAUUACAUGUUGCUAACAACACAACUGCUCUAACAUGCUAUCAGAAAUAAAGGCUGCUGAUUAUGUUGCAUGGGUAAAACUGCUAAGGGUUAAUGAAAGAUUUCAUUUUCGAAAAGCUAACAAAUUUAAAGGAAAACUGAUUCACCAUUCACUAAUCAGCAAACUUUGCUACAGUUCUUUAGCACAAUUGUAUUUACCUGGACAUUAUAAAUGUCCAUUUCAUUUUAAAACACUCCAGCAGAUUUGCAUUACCUUUAUAAUGUUUAGUGUUCCUAAAGUAUUAAACAAGCAGCAUUGUUUAAAUAAGCAUUCUUAACAAUAUUUUGAGAACUGAACCAGUUUUAACUGCCUUUUUGCUGUUUUUUUCUUUACUGAAGCUUUUCUGCAACUUUAUUGUAUUGCUUUGUACUUCAUGUGGUUUUUUUUUACUAUCAUGGCUUCAAAAUUCAAACCUGUAAACAAAGUCCUGAAUGACUUGUCUCUUGUACAUGCAACAUAACAACAUACUUACAGUUUUGGUGCUUAAAAUUUGUUCCUUUGUUUUCUUUAAUAAAGGAUAUUUAUUUGAA